AUGCUUCGCAGAGAGGUGAGACAGAGGCGGGAGUACCUGUACCGGAAGGCCCAGGAGGACCGGCUGAGGACGAUAGAGGAGAAGAAACAGAAGCUGAAGGGAGCGCUUGAGGAAAACCGCCUGCUUCCCACCGAGGUGCGCAGAGAAGCCCUGCAGCUGCAGAAGCUGCUGGAGUUCGACGAUGAUGGGGCAGAAGGUGUCAGCUCCCACAUAGAUGACGAGUACAAGUGGGCCGGAGUGGAGGACCCCAAAGUCAUGGUCACCACCUCCCGGGACCCCAGCUCCAGACUCAAGAUGUUUGCCAAGGAGGUCAAGCUGAUGUUUCCGGGGGCCCAGCGCAUGAACAGAGGCAACCACGAGAUCGCCGCCCUGGUGCGGGCCUGCAAAGCCAACAACGUGUCGGACCUCGUCAUCCUGCACGAAACCAGAGGGCAGCCCGAUGGCCUGGUGGUGUGCCACCUGCCGUUCGGGCCCACGGCCUAUUUCACCCUCUACAACGUGGUGAUGAGGCACGACGUCCCCGACAUAGGCACCAUGUCGGAGGCCCACCCCCACCUCAUUUUCCACAACUUCAGCUCGCGGCUGGGCAAGCGGGUGUCAAAUAUCCUCAAGUAUCUUUUUCCCGUGCCGAAGGACGACAGCAGGCGCGUAAUCACCUUCGCUAACCAGGAAGACUUUAUUUCUUUCAGGCACCACACCUACAAGAAAACGGACCACAAGAACAUAGAGCUAACAGAAGUAGGACCCAGGUUUGAAAUGAAACUGUACAUGAUCAAACUUGGCACCUUGGAGAACGAGGGCACCGCAGACAUCGAGUGGCGGCACCAUGCGUACACGCACACGGCGAAGAAGAGGAGGUUUCUCAGUGUGCAGUAG